UUCGUCAGUCUGCGAUCUACCGGCAAGGAAGCCACCUGCUCUGGACUCUCUUGGCCCUCCUAGUCCAGCGACACCGACGACGAGUUCACCCAGCCACCGAGAUGCGUGACAAGAGCCAGGAGCCCUGUUGCCUGCCCCUGAAGGAGGAGUUCCAACGCUCCAAGUUCUCGCUGCACCACGAUGAUCCUGCCGUCUUCUGUCGCUCGCAAUGGCAGAAGGGCGAUCGCAGCUUCAUCUGGCUGCUAUACCGAUGGAUUCUGGCUGCCUUCUUCGCCGCCGGUGUUAUCGGCAGCAUGGUUGAGUCCUUCAACGGUGGUCGCUGGUUCAUUUAUCUCACGGAUUGGGGAUUUUCCCUGUGCUUUUAUUGCUGCACCUAUGGCGCCGUAAUCGCCACCAUCUACUUCAUAAAGCCCUCUUACUUCGCUCCUGGCAGUUGGGCAUUGAAGAUCUACUGGAUAUCCCACUACACAACUGUAGUUCUAGCCAUGAUGAUCACCCUGGUCUUCUGGGCCGCCCUAUAUCCAUCCAUGCCUGGAAUGGGUGCUGAUCUGUAUAACUUAUGGGCCCAUGCGUUUAACUCCAUUUGCCUGGUCUUCGAUUGCUUCAUGGUGGCUUUUCCCACCAGAAUUAUGCACUUCGUGUAUCCCUUUACCGCUGGCAUUACCUAUGGAAUAUUCUCCCUGAUCUACUUUUGGGCUGGUGGUGCUGACCCAAUGGGAAAUCGCUACAUCUACUUCAUCUUGGACUGGGAGCAACCUGGUCUGGCCAUUGGAACUGUAUGUGGAUGUGUGCUUCUGGUCAGCGCCUUUUGUGUGUUGGUCUUUGGAUUCUACAGGUUACGUAUCUCUAUAUACGAGUCGUGCAGUAAGAAACCUGAGGAGAUUCCAGCUACUUCUGCUCCACCCAAAGAACCAGCACAAACUGUUUGAGCCUAGUUAUAACGCUUUUAGCUGUAUUCCCAAUAAGAAGGCUGUGGAUUCUGAAAAGCUAUUACGUUUAGGUCAUUGCUUGAAUGACCUGCAGAGGCUCUUCUAUAUAUUUUCCAUUAAUCUACCUCUAUGAAACCAAGCACUUCAAGACUCUUCUUAACAUUGAGCAAAAGAUCCUGUUGUAAACGGAAAAUUCACAGAGUGCUCUUCGCCACGAGUUUGUUGUUGAAUGAAUUAUUGUUUAAAACUUCACAUUGAAAUUGUUUUAAUGUUACAAAUAGAUAGCGAACAAACCAAAGUAAAAUAUCU